AUGAAAGAGUAUAGCAUUCGAAGAAGUGUAGACUACCGGGUGUAUGUGUCGGAGCCGUUGACAUUUUAUGCGAAGUGUACACAGUAUGGGUAUGGGUGUGAUUGGCUUAUCUGGGUUAGCAUGAUCAGUAGGAAGCAUUGUUGGGUUAUACGGAGGUAUAAUAGUAGUCACACUUGUACCAGAGCUACAAUUUUUCAGGAUCAUUCGAAGCUGGAUUCAAAUACAAUUGCAGAAGCAAUAAAGCCGUUGGUUGAGAUUGACCCCUCGUUAAAGGUAAAAUCAGUUAUUGCAGAAGUGCAGUCGAAGUUCAAUUACACCGAUCCAUCAACUGUCAUCCAUUUUGAGACUAUGCCUGCAUAUCAAGGCGAUGACUUGGUCAGUGAUAUUCGGGUAUUGCAUCGAGUCUUUUGGAGUUAUUACCCUUGCAUUAGAGCAUUCAGGCAUUAUAAGCCAGUUGUGCAGGUGGAUAGGACUCACUUGUACGGAAAGUAUAAGAGUUGUCUAUUAGUGGCAGUUUCACAGGAUGGCAACAACAACAUCGUCCCAAUUGCAUUUGCUAUUGUGGAAAGAGAGACUUCUGAUGCGUGGAACUUCUUUCUCAGUAACCUGCGACAACAUGUUGUGACUCGGGAUGGUGUGAGACUGAUAUCCGACCAAUACGAAUCCAUCAAUGCAGCUGUGGAGUAG